GACUCCCACUCCCGGUGCUGUCGCCGCUCCGGUCCCGCACGUCGCCUGCCGGACCCAUCUCCUACCGCUGCCCUUCGUCUCAUCCCUGUCCGGUCGGCCGCAGGGACGUCGAGGCCCGAGAGACUCGCGCAAGAGGGCGCCUUUGUGGACUUCACGGCCGCCAACAUCUGGGCGCUGCGCGGGCCACCACUGGCCACCGCACCGCCGCCUCGCCUGGGGGACCUUAGAAGGCGAAGCCCCGAGGCCGGAGACUUCGGUUCGGGACCAGACCCCAGGGAUGCGGUAGCGGCCGCUGUGCGGAGGCCGCGAAGCAGCUGCAGCCGCCGCCGCGCAGACCCACGCUGGCUCCGUGCGCCAUGGUCACCCACAGCAAGUUUCCCGCCGCCGGGAUGAGCCGCCCCCUGGACACCAGCCUGCGCCUCAAGACCUUCAGCUCCAAGAGCGAGUACCAGCUGGUGGUGAACGCAGUGCGCAAGUUGCAGGAGAGUGGUUUCUACUGGAGCGCCGUAACCGGCGGCGAGGCGAACCUGCUGCUCAGCGCCGAGCCAGCGGGCACCUUCCUCAUCCGCGACAGCUCGGACCAGCGCCACUUCUUCACGCUGAGCGUCAAGACCCAGUCUGGGACAAAGAACCUGCGCAUCCAGUGCGAGGGAGGCAGCUUCUCUCUUCAGAGUGACCCACGGAGCACGCAUCCUGUGCCCCGCUUCGAUUGCGUGCUCAAACUGGUGCACCACUACAUGCCGCCCCCCAGCACUCCCUCCUUCUCACCACCUACCGAGCCCACCGAGUCCUCCUCUCCCACCGAGGAGCUUGAGCACCCGUCUGCCCAGCCGCCCCCAGGGACCCCCCCAAGGAGAGCUUAUUACAUCUACUCCGGGGGCGAGAAGAUCCCUCUGGUGUUGAGCCGGCCCCUCUCUUCCAACGUUGCCACCCUUCAGCAUCUCUGUCGGAAGACUGUAAAUGGCCACCUGGACUCUUACGAGAAAGUCACCCAGCUGCCGGGGCCCAUCCGGGAGUUCCUGGACCAGUACGAUGCCCCACUUUAAAGAGCGAAGGGCAGAGGUGGGGAAAGGGGCUCAGGUCCCCCUUCCUCCGUGGUACAUGGCACAAGCACAAAAAUCCAGCCAAGAGUCCUAUAGCGUGCUGGGUGAGCUGGGGGUGAUGGAAAGCUUUUCUCAGGCCUCCCCUCCUGCCUAAGGGGCAGGCUGGACUGGGAAUGUGUUUGAGGGAAGGGGAAAUGCCACCUGGGCUCCCCUCCCCUGCCCCAGCUUCUGGGGAGUCGGCUGCCCUGGUGGGACAAUAGCAGCAGCGGCAGCGGCAGCGGCAGCAGCAGCAGCGACAAGUGGAUUCUCCUCUUCCCUUCCUCCACUCCCCUUCUGCUUUCCAGCUAGGGAGUGUUGAACUUUGAGAACCGGGAAUCUUCAAACUUUCCAACAGAACUUGUGCUUUGAUUUGGUUUAAACCUGAGCAGGGUGAGGGGCCUGGGAUAGAGGAUGGAAAAGAGAGGGUGCUUGAGGCACCCCAGGGCUGCAGGCAGGCCCAGGAAAUAGCCACUCCUACUGCCCAGCCCAGGUGAAGAGGGAAUGGUGGCUGCUCCACUCUACUCUUGGGCUGUGUGACAAAGGCAGGGGGUGACCUGAAGGGAACCAUCCUGGUGCCCCAGCCCCUCCCCCUUUCAAGGAAGAUGUGGCAUUUGCAGGGGGUUGGAUGGCUGGUCAGUGCACCUCCUUGUCCUGCCUGAGCUGUAUUUCUCAGCACCUGGCCCUGCAGGUAGAGAGAUGAGCCAUCUCUGAUCCCAGAGGAUGGAUUCGACUUUGUGCCUACUGACUGUCUGGCUAGAGAUUUGCCUUAAAUGCUCCCUGUCCCAUGGAUAGGGACUGGCACACGAGGAGCCCCAGUCUGCCCAUCCAGGCAGAGAGGGACUAGGGAUUCUCCGGAGGGCAGCCAGCCACUGGCCAGAGGAUGUGGGUGGGGGAUGGAGACCCACACUUUCCAGCCCAGCGCUAGGAGAAUGUUAGCCUGUUGGUAUUGGCCAGUCUUAGGUGCCUGUGGUCAGAGCAGAGCCACUAGGUCCCAUAGCCCUUCAGGCCCUGCACAGCCCUCCCUCCUCCUGGGGUAGGGGGGCAGGAAGUCACCCAGGCGCCUGCCACUCCAGCUGCUCUGGCUCUGCAAUAGCACUGAUCAGUGACAACUUACAGGAAUGUAGCAGCAAUGGAAUACCUGGAACUGUUCUUUUUUCGGAGGAGAAAACUAUAAACAAACGCAUAGUUUUCUGUGGCAGGUAUCAGGCAAGGUGGGGCAGCUGUGUGUUGGGGUGGUUUUCUUGUUUUUUGUUCCUUGUUUUUUAAUAAUGUUUACAAUCUGCCUCAAUCACUUUGUCUUUUAUAAAGAUUCCAUCUCCAGUCCUCGCCCCUCCCCCCCAGCCUUUGAGGCUGUUAGGAAAUGCUUGAAGAACUCAACCAAAUCCCAAUCCAAGUCAAACUUUGCACAUAUUUAUAUUUAUACUCAGAAAAGAAACAUUUCAGUAAUUUAUAAUAAAGAGCACUAUUUUUUAAUGAAAAAUAUGACUUGAGCCUUUUCC